AUGAAGACAGUUUUCAUCACAGGUGCCACUGGCUACAUCGGCGGAGAUGUUCUAUCUCAGUUAGCAGUCAAGCAUCCCGACCUCACGUAUAGGGUGUUAGUUCGCGGUGCGGACAAAGGCAAGCAAAUAAAGGCCCAGUACCCAUCGGUAGAGGUUAUCUACGGCUCUCUUGACGAUACAAACAUACUUGAGGCUGAAAGCGCCAAUGCCGAUAUAAUCAUCCACACAGCCGAUGCGGCCGAUCAUGUCGGAGCUGCCCAGGCAAUCCUGUCCGGCAUUGUCAAGGGACACACGGCUGAACAUCCCGCCUACUGGUUACAUACAAGCGGCGCUGGAAUAUUUAGCUACAUCGACACUGACAAUGGAACGUAUGGUAUUCGGCGUGAUAAGGUCUACAAUGACCUGGAGGGUAUAAAGGACAUCAUCACCAUCCCUGACCACGCUUUCCAUCGUAACGUGGAUAAGGUCGUGCUCGAAGCGGGCGAGAAGUAUUCCCGUAUCUUGAAAGCAGCUAUUAUAUCACCGACAACUGUCUAUGGUCGAGGCCGCGGACCGUGUUCCCAGCGAAGCAGGCAGAUCUAUGAAAUGGCAAAAUGGACACUCCAGCGAAAGAAAGCACCCAUCAUCGGCAACGGAGAGUCAUGUGGCUGUGAUAUCCACAUACUCGAUCUAACUAGCCUGUAUGAAUUACUCUUUGACGCCGCAUUGUCCGGGCAUGAUAGUCUCUGGGGUGGAGAGGCCUAUUAUCUCGCAGAGACCGAGGAGCAUUGUUGGGGCGAUCUAGCGAGAAACAUUGCACGUAUCGCAGCCGAAAAAGGUUACAUUCCUGCGGCCGAGGUAGAGUCCUUGCAUCAUAGCACUGCCACAGCGUGGGCAGGAUUUGAAGCCGCCAGCUGGGGCUUGAAUGUUCGCUGCCGUGCACAUCGGGCACGGAAGCUCUUGGGAUGGGCUCCAAAGCAGCCGAGACUGGAAGAAGAGCUACCAAGUAUUGUAGAUGGAGAAUGGCGCAACUUGCAGGUUGCAGAAGGCGUCUAG